CUACACUCGCGUGACUCUGGUCUUUGUUCCCAUUAUUACAUCAUUCCGUGCGAUCAUGGAGAAUGGCUAGAAGCUACGCUCUCUUUCUCUAUACAAAUAAAUUCAUGUCUUCUUCCACAAUCAUCAAUCUGAUCACACCCACUCCCUCCUCACUAUUACUAUUCACUCUCAUUGUAUGAUAUAAAAAUAUAUAUAUAAAUACACACAUAUCAACAGUUCACCACCACUCUGGUGCUUUUUCGUUGCAUUUUCCUCUGACUUCUCUUCUCCUCCUGUUGUCAAUGGCGUCCUCAGAUGAAGAGGGUGAGAUAUUGCCAAACUGUGUCACAGAUUACCUCUUUGUUAAUGAUAAGGAAGAGCUUGUUUCGUUUACUACGUUGCCACUCCAAUGGAGUCCAAAUGAGAGUCUGGUUGAGUCAGAUAAAGAGGUUUUCUUGCUUGCCAGUGUUGAUGAUGGUCUUCAAAAAAUUUACAAGAGGGUUGUGGCUUGGAGGUUUGACCUCUCUUUUUUGCAACCUGAGAUUUAUGUGCUUUCCAAGGACAAGAACUGGAUAGUGCUCCAAAGGCCAAGGAAGUGUUUUGAAAAUACGAUCAGGACAAUGCUGGUCACCAUUCAUUGGCUUCAUUUUCUGAAGAAGAAUCCCGCUGCAUCCAGGAAAUUUGUUUGGAACUACUUGCUUAAAGUUCUUAGCUCAUUUGAGGUUAAACCUUGUGAGAAUGAUCUGUUUGCCAACUUUUUAUUUAUCGGUGAAGUUGUCAAAAGGGACAAAGAUUUAGCCAAAAUUGAGCAUGAUCUGCAUACCUAUAUUGCAAACCCGAGUAAAAAUGGAGCUUUUCCGGAGCAGGACGAGCAAAUAAGAAAUAAAUCAAAGCUCAUAGUUGAUAUGGAUGACGAUAUCAUUGGUGACGAUGGUGAAUGUUUUGAUGGAGAUAGUGGAUUAUAUGAUCAUGUUUGCGCAAUCUGUGACAAUGGUGGUCAAAUACUGAGCUGUCAAGGGAGGUGCAUGCGAUCCUUUCAUGCAACCAGAGAUGCUCCUGGUGGCGAAAAUUGCCCUUCUCUUGGAUAUAAUGAUUCUCAAGUUAACGCAAUUCCAACAUUUUUGUGUGCAAAUUGUAAGUACCAGCAGCACCAAUGCUUUAUUUGUGGAAACUUGGGCUCCUCAGAUACUUCAUCUAGUUGCAAGGUCUUCCCUUGUAUUUCUGCUACUUGUGGUCACUUCUAUCAUCCAGAAUGUGUUGCAAAAAUGCUCCAACCAGUUAAUAGAUGCCAAACUGAAGAACUUCGUCUCAGUAUUGCUGCGGGGGAAUCAUUUACCUGUCCUGCUCAUAAGUGUUUUGUUUGUCAUCAAGGUGAAGAUAAAAAAGUCAUGGAGUUGCAGUUUGCUCUGUGUCGGCGCUGUCCAAAGGCAUAUCACAGGAAAUGCCUACCCAGGAGUAUUUCUUUCGAAUAUAACUAUGAAAAAAACAUUGCUCAGAGAGCUUGGGAUGGUUUACUACCCAAACGGAUUUUGAUAUAUUGCAUGGAUCAUGAGAUUUUAAGUGAACUUGGAACUCCUACUAGAGACCAUGUAAAAUUCCCUGAUGUUAGUGGACAAGAAAAGGCACCGAAUUUGGAGAUGCAUUCAAGGAAAGAGAGGGUAAUGCCAAUGUUGUCAACAAGAAGUAAUGUAUUUGAAACUUUUGCAACAAAAAAAUUAAACAUGUUGCAACGGGCAGAAAAGGGGGUUUGUAGUGCUAGUGUAGGUGAUUCUACCCAAACUAUAAAGAAAAGAUGUGUUAGACCAGAUUUUGAUUCGUUAAGAAAGAGAAAAAGAACUGAUGAAGUAAGAAAAUCUGCAAAGGUCAAUGUUGGAUCAUCUCUUAGUUUCUUUUCAAAAGUUGAAGGCAAGUCAUGCAUGAAGAAUAAUUCAUCAGUUAGUCUAGAAACACACCCAGUGAAGUCUAAGAGGAAUGCAGCCAGUGGAAUUGUAAAAGGUGCUACAGAAGAAAAUGUCAUUAAAAAUACAAAGAGGCCAUGUCCUUCAGCUCAAGCUGAAAUAGAAAAGCGAAUUUUGGACCUAAUGAAAGAAUCCACUUCUUCCUUCAAUCGAGAAGAGUUCAUAAGAAAACAGAGGCUACAGGCUACAAAUGGAAUAUUCUCUGAAAGCUCACUGGACAUAGGCAUUACAAUAGGAAAAGUGGAGGGUUCUGUUGAGGCUAUUCGAAUUGCUUUAAAGAUUUUGGAUUCAGGACAAAGUAUUGAAGAUGCAAAAGCAGUUUGUGAACCAGAUGUUCUCAAUCAAAUAUUUCAGUGGAAGAGAAAGCUUGGUGUUUAUCUUGCUCCUUUUCUUCAUGGGAAUCGGUAUACAUCUUAUGGUCGUCAUUUCACUAAAGUGGAUAAGCUUAAGGAGGUUGUUAACAGGCUUCAUUUUUAUGUUCAAAAUGGAGAUACAAUAGUUGACUUUUGCUGCGGCUCCAAUGACUUCAGUCUUCUGAUGCGAGAAAAGCUUGAAAAGACAGGAAAACAGUGCUUCUUCAAAAAUUUUGAUCUUUUUUGUCCCAAGAAUGACUUCAGUUUCGAGAAAAGAGACUGGAUGAGUGUAAAGUUAGAAGAACUGCCUGAUGGUUCUCAGCUGGUCAUAGGACUCAAUCCUCCUUUUGGAGUAAAAGCUUCUUUAGCUCACAGGUUCAUUUUUAAGGCCCUGGAGUUCAGACCAAAACUCCUUAUUCUAAUUACCCCAAAGGAAACCAAACGACUUGACACAAUCUUCAACCCUUAUGAUUUAAUUUGGGAGGAUGAAAAAGUACUCUCAGGAAAGUCUUUUUAUCUCCCUGGAUCUAUUGACAUGCACGAUAAGCAGUUAGAGGAUUGGAACCUGAAGGCGCCACCUUUGUAUCUUUGGAGUCGCCGUGACUGGACUCUUAGACACAAUGAGAUAGCAAUACAACAUGGUCAUAUUGUCCUGCAACAGCUGCAUCUGGUAGGAAACAAGGUAAGGAACCAUCCCGAGGAAGAAGGUUAUGAUUUUUAUCAGGACUACUCCUAUCUGUGUGCACCCGGUGACAUGUCUUGCCUAUUCAAUGGUGUUGCGGAUGUUAACUAUGAGGCUGAACCACAAGAAGCUGGAUCAAAUACUCCCAUAAAAGUCAAUCAAAGCUAUAUUCAUCAUGAUGACAUUGAUACUGGUAGCAAGAGCAACCUCAUUAAGAUGGACUAUGAUGGACAAGGAGAAAUAGAGAGGUUGAUUCAGGGGGAUUUGGAAGGCUCAACACCUUCUGAUGUGAGCAUUGAUAUGGAGUUGUCUUCCCCAAGUUAUUCACCAACCCAAGCACUGCAUGAAGUCUUUGCAUCGCCUGAAGUCUUUGGAUCACCAGAAGACGAAAACAAAGAAAAGGCCUGCCAAGACAAAGAAAAAACUCUUGGACAAGAUUUUCCACCUGGUUUGGAAAGUGGGAAAUUCCAGACCAGUAAUCCCAUUGACACAAAAAGGAAGCAAAGUUCCCAGACAAGUUAUCCCAUUGAAUCAGAAAGGAAGCAAAAUUACCAGACCGACUACCCUAUUGACACAGAAAGGAAGCAAAGUUCCCAGAUCGGUUAUCUUAAUGACACAGAAUGGAAAAGGAAGCAAUGUUCUCAGACCAGUUAUCCCAUCGACACAGAAAGGAAGCAAACUUUGCAGACAAGUUAUCCCAUUGACACAGUAAGGAAGCAAACUUCCCAGACCAGUUAUCCUUCUGUUGCAGAAAUGCAGCAUAGAUACGAGCCAAGCGCCCAACUUGGUAACUACGGGUGGCCGAAUAUGGAUAUGCCAUCUCAAGGGUACACUGGCAACUUCACCUACACCUACCAUUCUGGCCAGAAAUCCUAUCAGAGUGGAAUACAAAUAAAUGCUCAACAUAAAUACACUCCUGUCAUGCAGAGGAAUCAAAAUCCUUCGUCACGUGAAUUCAUGCAACCAAAUUUUAGUCCUCAGUUCCAACACUACGGUUCUUCGUCUUCUAUCCAGUCUUCACAUUAUUCCCAGACUCCCAUGGGGAGUGGAAGUGGCAACUACGACUUGGCAUACCAGCCCGAAUACCCUAGUUUUUAACAAAAUGUAAUUAUCUUUCAGUUGCUUUUAUCCUUGUUCAGCCUGUAGAAAAGUGAUCCAUAUAGACUUGGCUUAUGUAAUUGGCAUGAAAGGUAAACCUACAAUUUACAAAUGGAUCCUAACAUAUGUGAUGUGAGGUGGGGUGGGGUGGGGUUUCUUCUUUCUUUCAUUUUAGAAUAAUUAGCAAUUUAUCUCCUCGAAUUUUCGGCAAUAUUGAUUUUUUCUCUUAAAAUAUACACAUUUUUAAGAAUCCCUUGAACUUUUACAUUUAUAGAAAUUUAGUCUUAGGUUUCAACCUAUUAUUC